CGUGAUACUCAUCUAUCAUAUCCUGAUCUCACCUCGAGCAAGAGUGUACUUCUUCAAGAAGCACAGAGAAAGGUGAUUGAGGGAAGUAAAUCGCUACAAUGCCUCUGAGACCAUCGAUACUUCCAUUCCGCAUUGGAACAGACAUCGUUCAAAUCCAGCGAAUUCGAGACCUCAUCGGCCGUGAAGGCGGCGCUAAAGAACGACUUCGAACUCUCAGCGGCGAUGGAAUCCCUGGCGAAGAAAAUUCGCCCAAGAAGCUGAACCAAUUUAUUCAACGAAUCUUCACUCCAUGGGAACGAAAUCAUUUCCUAAGCAAGUUCCCGAUCAUCGCGAUAUUUGACAACCAACUCCGUCCCGCGGCUCGACAUCUCUCUGGAAGAUUCGCCGCCAAAGAAGCCGUCAUGAAAGCCUUUCCCGGCCGGGCUCUCCGAUUGCAAGAUAUUGAAAUUCGCGUAGCUCCUGGCAACGGUGGCAGGACUGGAGCGCCAUACGCGGUGAUCCUCGAUAAACCUACAUCGUCUGAAAUACCUGCAGAGCAUGAGGGAGAUUCCACCGAAGCUAUCCCGGAAGACGUUGCCGCCAGCGACGUUACCGCCAGCGAGACUGAUGUGGAUGGGCAGAUCGUCCACAUCAGCAUCAGCCAUGACGGUGAUUAUGCCACUGCUGUCUGCAUUGCUCCUGAAGAGCCCACGCCCGGCGAUGUUGGCGGAGAAGCGGCAGCACGAGGACUGUGAAAUCCCAAGUGCUUCCUUGCCUCGAAGAUACCAAAGGAGGAAGAAUUCCAACAGCCUACAACCAUGUUUGAUCUCUGCACAAUGCUAGAGCCCGUGUGGAAAGGCGUCAAGGUAGCUUCCU